GGGCAGAGGUCUUGAAUGUCAUGCCAAGGGCUUUGGACCUGAUGCCACAGUCAGAGAACCAGCAUGGGCUUUAGAGCAGGAGCCCCACAUUGUCCUCCAGCUGAACCCUUUGUUCUCCCUCCAGCUCCCUAGAGCUCCCCGCCUAGGGGUAGAGGAAGUCAGCAGAGAAACCACAGGGCCCCACCUGCUGGAACUGAUGGGAAAGGAAGCAAGACAGGUGUGAGGUUGGGGUGGAACACAGGGUUCAAACCACAAGAGAGUUUCAGUGGCCUGGUGGGGGGAACCAUGGCUGAUGAGGAGGUGAGGUGCCGUGGGUUGACUCAGGAGCCUCCAGACCCAGCUGUGUGGUUACCCAGGCCACAGACUGUGCAGCUGGUAGACUGGAGCUCCAGCCACGCCCACUUGGCCACUCACCUUGGCCUCGGGCAAAGGGGCUCACAUCUGAACAAAAGUACUUUGAACUGUGCCUGUGCAGCCAGCCUGACUUCUCGGUGGUAACUGUUGACAGUUUUCCUUGCCCCACCCUCCCCUUCCUCCUCAGAGCUGCAGGAAAAGGCUGCCCAGCUGCUGGGGGUGGAGCAGACUCUGUUCGUGCCCACCAAUACCAUGGCCAACCUCAUCUGUGUGAUGGGCCACUGCCGGCGCCGGGGCUCCCAGCUCCUCCUUGGGCAGGAGUGCCAUCUCCACGUCUAUGAGCAGGGCGGGGUGGCUCAGAUUGCUGGGGUGCACUCUCACUUGCUCCCAGACCUGCCCCAUGGGACCCUGGACCUGGAUGAGCUGGAGAGGGUGCUCACUCGGGGCCUUGGGAACCCGUAUCACCCAGUCUGUGAGCUUGUAUGCCUAGAGAACACACAUAGCAGCUCAGGGGGCCGGGUCCUCCCUAUCGACUACCUCCGCCAGGUACACCUCUUGGCCCAGUCCCAUGGGGCCCGUGUCCACCUGGACGGAGCUCGACUGAUGAAUGCAGCUGUGGCUCUGCGUGUCCCCCCCGCCCGCAUUGUGGAGCAUUGUGACUCUGUGUCCUUCUGUCUCUCCAAGGGCCUGGGUGCACCAGUGGGGGCCCUGGUCGGGGGGCCCAAGGACUUCAUCCAAGAAGCGUGGCGCCUCCGUAAAGCCCUGGGUGGGGGCAUGCGCCAAGCCGGGGUGCUCGCCGCGGCCGCCCUCGUGGGACUGGCUGAGGCGGAGGAAGAGCUGCCGAGGGACCACGAGAACGCACGGAGGUUUGCCAGAGGACUCCAGGCCUUGGCAUCGCCCCACUGCUCUGUGGAUCCUGCUGCUGUGGAGACCAACAUGGUGCUGGUGAAGGUGGCCGGGCUGCCCGCUGCGGACCUGUGCCAGCGCCUGCAGGCUGUGAGCCCGGACGAGGUGGCCCAGACAGGCCAUGCUGUGCGCGUGCUGCUGUUUCCCUGGACAGAGCAGUCUGUGCGUGCCGUGUGGCACCGUGACGUCUCCACCCAGGACACUGAGCUGGCACUGAGGAAGUGGGAGUUUGUGCUGAGGCAAUUGGGGCCCUGAGGAUGGGCCCCUGGGCCCUGGGCCCGGCUGGGACUGAUGUGGGGCGUGGAAGGGCCCCGAGCCUCUGGCAGAGAAGUACAGGCCAGUCUCUGGGGGAAGGUGACUCCACCCAGAGCCUCCGGUUUUCUCAGUGAUGUCCCCACUCAGUCAGAGACAACCAGGCAAGGGAUGGGACAAGAUGUGACUGAAAAUCAAGAGAAAAACACAGACAAAAGAAACAGACACAGGAUCACAAUAAAGGACUUGUUAUACACAGG